CAAAAACAACCCUAACCCAGUAACCUCAAACUUCUCCCUCGUUUACUUUUUUUUUAUCUCCAUAGCCCUUUGUUUCUCUUUCUAAAACACUCAACUGUUUUUGUCUCUAAUUAUUGUGUAGUUUUUUCAGUUGGUGCAAUGGAGGUUGGGUUUUUGAGCUCUGAUGCGGUUGCUUUGGAGAGAAUGAUGGUUUGCUCUGUUAUUGAAGCUGUGCUGGUUGAGACCCUUUUGGCAGCUGAGAGAUAUCUUGCUUGUCUUCUCAUGAUGGAAGGAUCUCUGCUGAAGGAUACUGAGGAGUUGCCUACAUUGACUGGGACUGAUGGAAGGUUUCCUAUGGAUGAACUUCGUAGAAUGAAACAGCCUGGUCCUGAAAACAAAGAUGCUAGUGAUACAGAGGAUGAUGAUGCAGAUGACGAUGAUGAUGGUGAUGAUCAGGACGAUGAUGAUGCAGGUGAUGAGGAUUUCUCGGGUGAAGAGGGGGGAGAGGAUGAUGAUGAAGGGGACCCUGAGGAUCCUGAGGCUAAUGGUAAUGAGGGCAGUGAUGAUGAUGACGAGGACGAGGAUGACGAUGACGACGAUGGUGAUGGUGAUGGUGAUGAGAAAGAGGAAGAAGAGGAGGAAGCCGAAGAUGAAGAGGAACAACCACCGGCCAAGAAAAAGAAAAUGAAGUAAUUGUAUGUCUCUCUUUAGUUUUCUCAUAGUCGGGAGUAUGUUGUAGGAAGGGGAAUACUUGGCCUAUGUGUGUUGGUAGAGUGGGAAAUUAGCCAUCCUUGUUCAGAAUGAUCUUCCUGCUUUUUAUCUUGUGAUAGAUUGUUAUGAUAGAUAUCUCAUUUUGUGGAAUGAAUUGCUAUUCUGGAUUUGUUAUCACAUAUUCCUGCCUUCGACUUUUCGAUUUGUGCUACAAAAUUGGAAAAUGACUCCUACUGCUGUCUGCUGAGUGGCUGGAGGGAGGCAUAUGUUGGUCUUGUCUUGGGGCUUUUGGUGUUUUUUGUAGAACCUGCAAAAGUAUCCACAAAUUUCCCCUCCUUUGUAUGGAAAAUAGUACUGCAUUUUGGGAGAAAUCAAUGUGUUGAUCUUCUGAG